AUGAUUGGAAGAUUAAAUUUAAUUACCAAAUCAAAUUUAUUUAAAAAUGUUAAUAAUUUAAAUAAUAAAAAUUAUUAUUCAACUUGUUUAGUUAUAGCAGAACAUGAUAAUAAUCAAUUAUUAAAUUCAACAUUGAAUACAAUUACAGCAGCAUCAAAAUUAGGAGUCACAAAUAUAUCAGUAUUAGUAGCAGGUUCAAAAUGUGGACCAGUUGCAGACUCAGUAUCAAAAGUUAGUGGUGUAACCAACGUAGUUUGCGUUGACCAUCCAACAUUAGAACACUCAUUAGCAGAGACAAUCACCCCAAUCAUUGUUAAAUUACAAUCAUCAUCGUCAAAAGAGGGUGACGAAAUUACACACAUCUUCACACCAGCAUCCAAUUUUGGUAAAAACUUCUUACCAAGAGUCGCAGCAUUAUUAAACGUUUCACAAAUUAGCGAGAUUACAAAAGUAAAAGACGCUGAAACUUUCCAAAGACCAAUCUACGCUGGCAAUGCAAUCGCCACCGUUAAAUCAACUGAUAAAUGUAAAGUUGGUACUGUUCGUACAACAGCUUUCGAUAAAGCCCCAACAAGCGGUGGUUCGGCAAAGGUCGUCUCUGCCAACGAUUGGGCUGUACCAUUAAUUGAGAAAGCAAUCUCUGAAACAAACAUUAAAUGGGAAUCUUCUGAAGUUAAAAAAUCUGAACGUCCAGAAUUAACAAGUGCUCGUGUUGUAGUAUCUGGUGGUAGAGGUAUGAAAAAUGGUGAAAACUUUAAAAUGUUAGAAGAAUUAGCUGAUACUUUAGGUGGUGCAGUUGGUGCAUCAAGAGCAGCUGUUGAUUCAGGUUUUGUUUCAAAUGAUUUACAAGUUGGUCAAACUGGUAAGAUUGUAGCACCAGAAUUAUAUAUUGCUGUUGGUAUUAGUGGUGCUAUUCAACAUUUAGCUGGUAUGAAAGAUAGUAAAGUAAUUGUUGCUAUCAAUAAAGAUCCAGAAGCACCAAUCUUUCAAGUUGCUGAUGUUGGUUUAGUUGGUGAUUUAUUCAAUGAAGUUCCAAAAUUAACCGAAUCAAUUAAAAAAUCAAAAUAA